AUGGCUAACCACCAUGGUUCAUUCGGUUUGCGAGCUAGCUCAAACCGGAUCGCUCCGGUUCACCAUGCAGGAUUGUUUGUUUUCUUGUCUGUCUGUUAUGAGGGUGAGGAUAGACAGUGUUGUAUGGGGAAGCCUCUGAAACGAAUCGAUAAUGGAAGGAAUGCGAAUAUCAGAGGACCAUAG